UUACUUUCUUGCUCUAUGAUUCUAUUCGCUGUAACUGACAGUUCUAGUGUUUCAAGAGUUAGGUUAUGUUUCAUGAUGUUCCGUGUCACGUGUAUUGUCAUGUACCAAAACAUCAAUACCAUAUUAUUCAAAUAAUGCUGGACUAAAAUAAAAUUUAUAGAUACUUCAGUGUCGGAAAAAUGCGAAAGUAAUUUAAAACAAUGCCUACUUCAUUUCUGUUUGGUAUAAAUGGCGAAGGAAGAGUUCAUACACUUUCAACAACAGGAACAGGGUGGCGAGAAUUGCCGUACGGUGGUCAAGAAUUCAAGAAAUUAUCAGCUGUACCUCAUUUUCUUUGGGCCCUUGGAGGAGAUCAUCAGAUAUACGUCUACGUUCAUGGCUUGGACAUUCCUAUAAGAGUCAGAGAAGAAGCUUAUGAAAAUGAAAGGUGGCUUCCUAUCGAGGGUUUCUCAUCAAGACUACUCCCCACUGACCGUUUCCACUUCUCCAACGCUGAUGGAACCAAAGACAGAUCCAUCGAUAAAAUUCGCCUCCCAUCGAUGGCGUGGCAGUGGGAAGGUGACUGGAAGAAAGAACUCACGCUUGAGGGUCAACCUUUGGACCAUGACGGAUGGACAUAUGCUGUGGACUUUCCCAGCACUUUCUACCACAAAAAGCAGUGGUCCAGCUGCGUGCGAAGAAGGCUUUGGGUGAGGUUUAGGAAAUAUAGCGCUAUGAAUUCUUGGUGUGCUAUAGCUCCAUUGCAUAAGGAUGCCACGAACGAACCUUUUAUUGAUGUCUCCAUUGGAGGACAGAAUAUCCCAGGAGCAGAUCCAGGCACAUUGAUGGUUUGGGGAGUUACGUCUCAUAAUAGAGUGAUGAUUCGUAGUGGAGUAUGUACCUCCUUUCCUGAAGGGUCCAGAUGGUCAGCGAUUCCAACUCCUGAAGGUUGUGAGGUGGUGCAAUUGAACGUAGGUCCUACAGGACUAGUUUGGGCGGCCUUAUUAGACGGACGUGCCUUAGUAAGGGUGGGUGUGAGCAGGGAAUGCCUCCAAGGCACUUCUUGGGUGGAUGUCAAACCUCCUGGUGAUGGCCUUAAGAUUACUCAGGUAUCAGUUGGUACUAAUGCAGUUUGGGCUAUAACUCAGGACAAGCACGUCUGGUUUAGAAAAGAAGUGAAUGGGAUGGCUACUAUGUGCGAAAGUCUUUGCACAGGCAGUGGUUGGGUCGAGAUGAUUGGGCGAAUGGCACAAAUUUCAGUUGCUGCAAACAAUCAGGUGCUUGCAGUGGGAGCAGAUGACAGAUUGGCAUAUUACCGAUUCGGUGUUACUGAAGAAGAUAAAACGGGCAAGAAGUGGCGCGCCCUAAGAGCACCCAUGCAAGUUAGCAGAGCGAGUAGUAGUGCUAGCUUCGGAUCCGACAGGUUACAUCGGAGUUUCAAUAACUUGCAAAGUCGACCUAGCAGCAUGAUAGAACAACAUGUGACUUCAUUAGAUGGCGAGCAAUCGCACUCGGCUCCAACAGCAGCCGCAUCUCUGCCUGCAGGUGACCUUGGGGCACGUUAUGAAACCCAACCAAGGCAUCCCCGCGCUUGGAGCCCAGUGCAUUCUGCUGGUUCUGUGUUGGCGACUGAGGCACGUCCUGAUACCGAUGGUAGCGUGUGGAGUGUCGGGGAGUCCUCUUCUUGUAUAUUCGCUGAAGAUGAGGAACUAGGAUGGGCAGAAUUUGAAGCAUCUUGGUCAUGGAUAGAGGCUGGUGCCUGUACGGUCGACCCCUCCGCUCCACUACCGAACUGGUUCGGUGACACCUCCGGUUGCGGUUCCACCACAUCCCUGGAUCUGGACGCUUCCUGGCGGCAGAGUAUCUUGCGCGAAUUGCGCCGCCGCACGCCACCUGGCGACCUCUUCGCGCACUACGAACGACCGGGUGAAGCAGCAACUUCAUGGGUGCACAAAGGCGAGGCUAGGGUGCAACGGGGUGGUGACCCAGGAAACUGGAUUGAUUGUCUACUGGAACUAGAGUGGGUACAGGAAGGAGGAUUGGUGAAUACUGGAAGUGUCGUAGGCGCAGGGAGUCUUACGGUGCUCAACUCCGAUGGAGCAAGCACAUUGCACAUUAUCAGCCUAAACGAUAUAUCGUGCGUGCAGAUGUGCAGUGAACCAGGCAGUCCUCGUCUAGCCAUACAUGUCCCUAGAUACCGUACACCAGUGAUUCGGCUUGUGUUCAGUAGUGAUGCGUUGCUUGAAGAGUGGCAGGCUCAUUUUGCAACAACUUGUGGCAAACUUCGUGGUACAACAGAAAAGCCUAGUGACGAAAGUGUAUGGGCAGUUACCACCUAUGGUGACACAUUUGUUUGGGAUCCCACGCGGAUGGAAGCGAAUCAGCUGCGUGAGGAUGAGUGCUACGUGCAGAAGUUUGAUCUUACAGGCAAGGCAUCGCCUUUCAAGGUGGCUCUUCACGUUGGUUGCUGUCCUGGUACCGUUAUUACAUUUACGGGAUGUAUAGGUGACGAAGCAGAAAGACUAGGGAUCAACCUGGAAGCACCAUCUACGUACAAGCCGAAGCAAAAAACCUUCACGGAGCUCGAGAACACAUGCCUGCACCUGAACCCUCGCUUCAAGGACGAUUGCGUGGUGCGCAACUCCAUGAUCGAGGGCGAGUGGAUGACCGAAGAGACAGAGGGCGGAAACCCUUUCGUGAGAGGUCAGGAGUUCAAUCUGAGGAUAGAAACUACCGAGGAUGCCUUCCUGAUAUUUGUUAAUGAGGACAAGUUCUGUCUCUACAGGCAUAGGUUGCCGCCACAGUCGGCGUGUGUGUUGAGUUUCUGGGGCAAGUUAAAACCUUUCAGGGUGGUAAUCAAGAGUCCUAGGAUAAUCCUAGACAUGUUGAACUUGUACUGGCGCCAGUUGGGCGGACAUCUGCGCCGAGUAGAGAGUUGCAAGAUUGGCGUAGCGUGGGGUAUCGGGUACGACCAUACGCCCUGGGUAUACACCGGAGGCUGGGGAGGUGGCUUUCUGGGGACCUUAGAUAGCCAUAACGUGCACCCGAUGACCGAUUCGCAAGACUUCAGAGUGUACGAGAAUCAACGGUGGAACCCGGUGACAGGAUACACCUCUGCAGGUCUGCCAACGGAUAGGUACAUGUGGAGCGAUGCCACGGGUAAGGUGAAACGAACCAGAGAUCAAGUGAAACUAUAUUCGUCUCGAUGGCAAUGGGUUUCUGAUUGGAUGGUGGACUUUCACGUUCCAGGUGGCGUAGAUAAAGAAGGUUGGCAAUAUGCUGUCGACUUCCCUGCUUCUUUUCACGCCAACAAGCAAUUCACUGAUUAUGUUAGGAGAAGACGCUGGUAUAGGCGUUGUGCCAUAGCAACAACGGGACCUUGGCAAGAGCUGGGCCACACAAAACUGCUAGAAGUAACUUUGGAACCUGUCGAAGAUUAUGAUGACACUGUGAUAUCUGUUUGGGCCAUUGCCUCAGGCGGACAUGCCAUGGUUAGAACGGGAGUUUCGAAGAAUAAUCCCAUGGGUCACGUAUGGGAGCAUGUGAAUACCGAUCAACCCCUACAUAGUAUUAGUUGUAGCCCAUACACGCAAGUAUGGGCUAUAGGUAGAAAAGGCUGUGCAUACUUUAGGAUAGGAAUAACUGCAGAAAAACUUGAAGGUGAAAAAUGGAUGACCGUAGAACCUCCCAACGGCGGUCAGCUGAAGCAGAUAUCUGUGAACAAAGCGGGUAUUUGGGCUGUGGACCGACUGGGCCGACUCCACGUUCGGAAGGAAGUUAGUUCAAAGUGUCCGGAAGGAAAACACUGGCAGACCAUCUUGCCCGAUCCAACUAUUUUGAAUUCUGCUCCAAACACUAGCGGUUUUAAGCAUGUUUGCGUUGGAGAGAAUCAAGUAUGGGUAGUGACUGAUGGGGGCGUGAUAGCUCGAAGAGAAGGAAUCUGUGAGGCUAAUCCAGCUGGAGCGGGUUGGGACAUAGGCAUACCGGGACAUUUCCAGUACGUAAGCAUGAAGGCUUUUAGUUAGGAUACUUAAAACCAAAGUGAACUAUUUAUAUGUGAUCUAUAUUUAUUAAAUAUAAUUUUUUGUAAUUGGUAAGUUUAAAAAAAGGAGCCUCAAUGGCUUUAUCUUUGUCGGAAUAAAUGCAUUCGAACUGUGAAUA